CCCGCACUAGCAGCCCUUUCACGUGGAUGUACGCAUUAGUACCUCAUAGUCCGCUAGUAUUACUGACGAGCAGAUCUCGAGACUCCGCGUAACGCGUCGAACGAACGGGCGUGAUUCGACUACCCCCGAGAGACCGUCGGCGUGAAAUACUGACGCGGCCCGUCGUUUGAACCCAGCGAUCACACCGUCCAUACGGCGUUUUGAUCGGACGGCUGUGAUCGGCCCGCCCGCCUGCACAGCAGAAUGUACGGUUCCGGCGGGCCCGGGGGAGCGGGCAUGAUGAUGGGCAUGGGGGGCGGCAUGGGCUACCCAGGCGGCGGCGGCGGAAUGACACGCGGGGGCCCGGGCGGGGGCGGGGGGAUGCACAUGGGCGGCGGCGGCGGCGGAGGCGGCUUCGGCGGCGGGGGGGGCGGUCCGCGCGGGCUGCCGGUGGUGAAGCUGCGCGGGCUGCCGUUCGCGUGCGAGGAGGGCGACGUGUGCGAGUUCUUCGCGGGGCUGGACGUGGCGGACGUGCUCUUCCUGCGCCGCGACCUCAGAUUCGCCGGCGAGGCGCUCGUCGUCUUCGCCAACCCCAUCCACGCCGAGCUCUCGCUGCAGCGCAACCGCAUGAGCAUGGGGCGGCGGUACGUGGAAAUCUUCCGGUGCAAGCGCGCCGACUACUACAACGCCGUCGCCAACGAGGUCGCACAGGACGGCGGCCAGUACAAGGGGCCAGAGACCCAGGGGCAUCAUGGGCCGGGGCGCAUGGGGGGCGGCAGGGGGUACCGGGCGUAUGGGGAGGGGGGGGGCGGGGGCAUGGACGGGCACCCGGCAGUGGAGCACACAGGCGUGCUCAAGCUCAGAGGCAUCCCCUACUCCGCUACCAAACAGGACAUAGUGGCGUUCUUUGACGGCUUCCCUCUGUCGGAGGCCAGUGUGCACAUAGUCGUGGGCGCCGAUGGCCGCUCCACAGGGGAGGCCUUUGCCGAGUUCGCCUCGCCUGCGGACGCUGCGUCCGCCAUGGGGCGGGACCGGUCGCGCAUGGGCACGCGGUAUGUGGAGCUCUUCGCGUCGUCGCGGGAGGAGGCGGCCAGAGGGGUGGCUAAAGCCAAGUGAGGGGCACAGGGAGAGCUGCGGGGGACGCCUCACAAUUCCGAGAGCACCCCUCACCUCACCCCUCGCAAUAUGUGAGGGCGCAUGGGCUGGGUAUGCUUCUGAGAGGUGCGCGGUGCAUGGAGCUCUUUGCGGCGUCCCGGGAGGACACUGCGAGGGGAGUGGCCAAGGCCAAGCGAGCCGCGCAGGGGGGGGGGGGGGGGGGGUGUGGGGUUUGGGAGUGUGUUGGUCGAGUGUGUGGGUUGAUGAGGCUGAGGUUUGGGGAGGGCAGGGGCGUGGCUGAGGCCAUGCGUUAUCAUGGGGUGCUGAGGUUUGAAGGGUAGUGGUUGGUUGGCGAGUGUGAGUGGGGGAUGGGAUAAUGGGAGGGGAGAGGUGUACAAAGAGGGGCUGGUUAACUGCAGUGGGCUUGGAAGGGGGGUGGAGUGGAGGGUGUAGGAAAGGGUAAGGAGUGAGAGAAGAGGUUUGGGUUUAGAACAGCAGGUCACGAGUUGGGACUAGAGAGUUGUCUGUUGCUGAUCUACUUCAGAUGUAGGUAGUGGUGCAGGAGAGACUGUGGUGCUGCUCCCUGCUGAGUCGGUGGAGCAGCAAGUGGGAGUGAGGAUAGGAUAGGAAGGAAGGACAGCAUGUAGUGACAUGGUAUGUAAGCAUGCGGGGACGGAAAGAUGUUUGUUAUGCUAGGCUGAUGAGAGGACAUGCACUCUCCUCUCAAUGCCCAUGUGCCAUGCAUGCAUGGGUCAAUAGUACCGAUCUCUUACCAACAAACCGCAUUAUAAAGGUUGUGCUUUCUAUCCAGUGUACACACUGCUGCCCAUUCUGUGAGGCCUAUGGUUCGU